AUGGAGACUCUUGCUUUUGGCAAUUAUUUGAGUUUAGAGCAACAGGUAAAAAUGAUUCGUCCUUUCAACAAAAAAGAUGUUAAAAAAGCUUUAUUUAGUAUUCAUAGCUCGAAAAGCCAAGGAUUGGAAGGAUUUGGCUCAGGUUUCUUCAAAGGUCUUUGGAGUGAGAUAGGGGAUGAUAUCACAAAUGCUAUUUUGGAUUUUUUUCAUAAUGGCACUAUGCCAAAGGAGAUGAAUGAAAUGGUGAUUGCUCUCAUUUCUAAAUCUGAAGCUCUAAUUGAUGCUAAGGACUAUAGGUUGAUUGCUUGUUGUAAUACCAUAUACAAAUGCGUCUCGAAGAUGCUUUCUUCCAGAAUGUCUGUAAUAUUAUCGUGGCUUGUUAACAAUAACCAAGGGGCUUUUGUGAAGAACUGGUUACUCACGCAUAACUUUCUCAUCUUUCAGGAUGUGCUAAAGGGUUAUACAAGAAAGAACAUUUUCGCUCGUUGUAUUAUAAAAAUUGACCUCAACAAGGCUUACGACAAUGUUGACUGA